AUGAUUUACAGAAACGUCCUCACAACUAUGAGGGAAUUCAUUCCAACGGUUGGUUCAUAUUGGGAAAAUUCAACUCCGUUGUUCAUCUCAACUUCAGCACUCUAUCGGUUGGGGAAAAAAUUGAAGUCUUUGAAAUCGGUUCUACGCGCUCUGAGCAGGGAGAAAUUAAGUGAUCUAUCUAGAAGAACCAAAGAUGCUUAUGACAAUCUAUGUCUCAAGCAAAAGGCCACUCUAAUAAACCCGACAGAUGACGCAAUUGAGGCUGAGAAGAAGUCAUUUGCUACAUGGCAACAGUUAGCGGAUAUAGAGGAGAAAUACUUACAGCAAAGAGCAAAGCUUCACUGGCUGGAAGUGGGAGAUAGGAACAACGCAUACUUCAUUCGAUCUGCACAUACGAGGAAAAUGAAAAAUGCAAUCAAUGAGGUUAUAAGGCCGAAUGGUGAUGUCUUAAAGACACAAGAGGAGAUAAAGGAAGAAGCAGUUCGGUUCUUUGAGGAUUUCUACAACAUUGAGCCGGAAGAGUUUGAAGUUAUUCCGACAGGUAGCCUUCAAGAUAUCCUAAGAUUUUGA